AUGACAUUAGGUGAGAGGAGGGGGCAAAUGCCCGAAACCGGGGAUUACGAGGAGGUUGGUUGGUGCAAUAGGAAAGAGUUGCGGGUCAAGGUGAAAGCAUUCGAUCUUAUUCAUUGUAUAUUUGAGCUUUUCGAAGUGAUGGUUGGUCGUGAGUAUAGCUCUGACAGAAGCGAUCUUGAACAGAUGCGCGCAACUCAGAAUGUGAUAUUGCCGGCUCGUUCAUCUUCAUCUCCACUGAGUACUGCCGCCAGUAUUGAUGCCGAACAACUAUCAACCGAUCAAAACACCACUAACAAUAUUAAUGCUGCUACAAUCAACUCCACUCGUUCACCACUCACUGAUGUCAAAGGUAAGCCUUUUUCGAAUGUAUCGUUUCCAAAUCUCAAAAUCAACUUAAUAUCUUCUGAUCACCCAAAAAUAAGCUCAAGGUUAGUAGUUACGCGAUAA